CCCGCGCGUAACCGGAAGUACUUAACAAAAGCACGCGUCUGCUUCUGUCGUUACAUGUCCGUAUUCAACGUUAUUUAGCAGCAUCUAACACGUUAUUCAGUAUCAUUUAUCGAAUUAAUAUAGACAUAGAAAUUAACGUAAAUUGCAUCCCAGUCAACACAAUGAAAAAUAGCGGACAGCUUAUCAAGCAGUGAUUGCUACACGGACUAGAUUGACACAAACACCUAUGUGCAACGUAUAAAUAGACUACUGACUUGUAGUUGAGCUUAGGCAAUGGCAGACGUUUUAACGGAUACUUUCACAAACUUUAUGUCACAGCCGGACUCAAAGAAGGACUUCAGGGUGACUCCCCCAGCACCGACACAAUGCAAGGUCCUAGUAGUCGGAGAGCAAGCGCUCGGACGCUCCGUGUUGCUUCUAGCGGCUGUUACAGCUGCCUCUCAGAUGGGCAUAAGAGUGGUGUUCUUCGCCCGAACGCAAAUCCAAAGCUUGCCAGUGUCUUUGCAGAAUUGUGUACCAUGUCUGAGCCCGGAGAGUCUAAAGAAAAUCAAAUUCUGCUAUCCGAGGACAUUGGAGGAGUUGCUCCAGCAAGUGGCAGGCCUUCACGAGUCCGCCAACACUUUCCCCGUUCCUCCAUCACUGAUCAUCGUAGACAGACUGGAGGACUUUCUGUGGGGACGUGCAGGUGACAGCCACAGCGGGUGUCACCCCGGGGAGCAGUCCUGCGCCGCACACCUCUCAGCGUUGUUGUGCGACACAGCGACUUUCCUCACAGGAAUCCUUGAGCGGCAAACAUCUGGCCCCGCCCCCUGUCGUGUCAUCGCCUCUUAUAAGCCAAAAGAGCAAAGUGGCGAAUCCUCUGUCUCGGAUCAAGUCCUGGACACACUUGACCGCUACUUUCAGGUACGAUGUACUCUGGACCAAGACAGAAGCUACAAAGCUGGAGCAGCUGGACUGCAGGAGAUGUGGAACAUCUACUUUUCUGGAACAGGGAAAUCCUGACCUGCGAUUGGACACGAGCACAGCGAAAGACAGCACCAUUAGGAUGAAAGACGUGAUGAAGAUUAGGAACACAAUGAGUGGGUUGAGUUCUGUAAAGAGUCAUUGGAAAACCACAAGUCGUUCAUGCAAAGAGCUCAAACGUAGCUCCUGAUACAAUGGUUUCAAUAUUUAGCUUCGGACAGAGCUUUCUUUUCUUCACAGCGACAAGAAUGGAUAAGUUCCGAGAAAACUGCUCGUUGAAAACUAAAUCAGUAGCUUUGCAACUCAAAAGGCAAACACUCCCACAAAAGGUUUUCUUGAUACAAAAUACCCACAACCAUACCAUACGCUGUUUUGGUUCCCUCAAUUAACUCCAGUAUAUUAAAGAUGAACAGCUCUCAGCUUCAAGUCGUGCAGUUCUACACCCUUGCAAUCGACACUCGGAAUAAUGAACAUAUUGUUUCAUUAAUACCUCGUCAUUGUCAACCAAAGAACUUUGUUAACACUAUUAAAUGAAAAUUCCAAGAUCGUAUACAGUCCAAGUGUUUGCUUUGAGGCCAUUUGAAAGUUUCUUUUCCUCCAUGGCAGCAGCGGUUACCCAGUUUAAUAUGAGGAGUACUCCCCCUCGGACCCAUUAAGUAUCAGUGAGUUACGAAGAGGAGUUUCUGAAGUGUGGAGACCGAAGGACCUCUAUUUUGUUCAAAUUUCCAAACACAUUUUGACCAUGGAAAAAAGUUCCAGUGUCAAACAGUCACCAUCUCUGCAGCCUUAUUAACUACUGGCAAUGAAGUCGUUUUGUCAUUCGUAUCCCUUUUCAAUACCGCUUGUCCUUAUUAGGGUCACGGGUGAGCCGGAGUCUAUCUCACCUGACUUUUGUCGCACAGCAAUUAGUCUAUAGUGUAUAUUUUGGGAAUGUGGGAGGCAGCCGGAGUAUCCGGAGCAAAAUGUGAGCAAACACGGAGAGAACAUGCAAACUCCACACGGACGGGAAGGCCAGAGCUGAAAUGAGAACCCAGACCCUCACUCGCCAACAAGUAGGUCACGGUAGUGGCCGUCUCUUACCCAAAGUCACCUGGGAUAGGCUCCAGCUCACCCACGGCCAAAGGCAGGAUAAGCAAAAUAGGAAAUGAAUGAAUAGUUUGUCUCGGGGUGAGUAGCGCCACUCGAGCAACAAGGCGCUCUUUUACAAACUUGAACUUUGUUAGCAUCGCUCCACUCACCACCAAACUUGUCCUUGAAAUAUGGCUGAUUGUUUCAAAUCUGUUCACCUUGAUCAAUCUUAUUUCCUGUAUUAUGCAGACCAUUAUUGCCAUCGUGUAUACUGUAUAUGCCAUCCUUCUCUUGGCAUUCCUCUUACAAAUCCUAUUAUUGACCCUUACGUGAAAGAUUUUACAAUUGCACAGUAUGGUUCCCUCUUACACAAUUGUAUUCUGUUAAGAAAUGCAGACCUGCAGGCGGUGUCUCCAUGAAUACUGGGUCACUCCACAAACUCCAGUAGCCAUUGUAGCUAAUUCCAUCCAGUUUUGCCCGAACCCGCACCGUGUACUUAGUGCCUGGCUGCAGGCUCCUCAAGAUCAUCCUGGAGCUGGCUUGUACCACCUCGACCUGCAAAACCAACUGUCAGAUCAGUAAUAAACCCCCACUGAUUCCAAAAACGGAAGCAUUCAUAAAAUAGCCAUUACCUGUGCCGUAUGACUGUCGAGCGUGGCGUAGGAGACCUCGUACAUCAUGCUGUCGUCCAUGUGUUUGAGAGGAGGAGGUAUCCAGCUGACAUUCAGCUGACCCUCUUGGCCGGUGCGACUCACAGUCACGUUAGCGGGAGGGUCCAGCAGAACUGUGGCAGAACCGCACGAUUUGGAGGGCGAUUCGUGGAAUGCUAUUUCUCACGACUCGUCCUGUGACACACUAUUACGGAUAAAAGUAUGUCGACACACCCGCCGAUCCAACGAUUCCCAAGCGCUUCACGUGAAUGAUCGUCGUGCGGGCUGUAUUUCAACUAAACGGGCCCAGAUUUCACGCUGAGAGUUUGAGACCAAUUGCGGAUGGCUCUCGCAGGUGCUCUUUCUCACCUGGAUCCGCGGUGCCUUCAGCCUGUCUCUACGCUAUUCAUCCAUAUGUGCUGUGUGCGUGUGUAUGCGCGGGCAUGUUUCGCCUUUAUAUGUGGGACUUGGUAGGGAGGGACUGUUUUUUUUUUUGUCAAUGUCUCUCUGUCUCCAAAGCGUUCUGUGUCAAUCGUUCUGUGCGGCUCCGACGACCGGAGACAAAUUCCUAGUGUGUUUUUUGGCAAAUAAAGAUGAUUCCCAUUCCGA